AUAAGUCAAAUUCUCUCUGUCAAUCUUAACUAUGAUCCCAAGUGAAAAAGUAACAUUUACUUUUCUCUGUCAAUCUUAACUAUAAUCCCAAGUGAAAAAGUAACAUUUACUUUUCGUAGUUAGUUUCAAUAAUAUCGAAGUGUUUUAAAGUUGGACGAUGGAGUCGUUAGCGUUACAGGGCGCAGAGAUUUUUUGCGUCAAGGCAGAGCCCUGUGAGGAUGUACAUAUAAAACAUGAGCCCACUGUGAAAGUUGAGCCUUUGCUGGAUGAUGUGUGUGUAAAAGAUGACCUCAGAUGCGACGGUGUGUCCAUAAAAGCCGAGCCUUCAUACUCAGAUGUGUGUGUAAAAGACGAGUCACUCGGCGUGAGCGCGGUGGCGGGGCUGUAUGCAGACCACGCCGUCAAAGAUGAACUGGUGCUCGGUCCCGAGCUAGUGGAGCAGCACGGCGAGCGCCACGCACCAACAGCUUUCAACCUAGCAAUAGAAGUGAAGCAGUCAUUUGAGAUUGUCCCCUGGACACCCUAUCUAUGGGACUGCAGUGUGAAGCUGGAGCGCCUUGAUGUGGACACACUGCUCACCGUCACUCGGAGCAUAGACUGGAAUAGCCCGACACAUGGUUAUGAAGCAGGAAGUCAACACAAAAACAUCACAGGGAACCUUAAAGGAAGAGGGCAAACUUCACAGAAGAAACCGAGCGACAAAACCGAAACUUACCAAUGUGCCCACUGUAAAUAUACAACAGCUAUAAAGUCAUGGUUAAUAAGGCAUUUGAGGAAGCAUAUCAAUGAGAAGACAUACAGAUGUGAUCAUUGUAGCUAUGCUAGCAGCCACGAAAGUGAUUUAACAGUUCAUUUAAGGAAGCACACUGGUGAAAAGCCAUACAAGUGUGAUCAGUGUAGUUUUGCUAGCAAGCAGAAAGUUCAUUUGCAAGUCCAUGUAAGGAAACACUCUGGUGAAAAGCCGUACAAGUGUAGCGAGUGCAGUUAUGCUUGUGCCCAAAAAUCUUAUUUGCAAGUUCAUGUAAAGAGACACACUGGAGAAAAGCCUUACAAAUGUGACCAGUGUAAUUAUUGUAGUACCGUCAAAUGUCGUUUAGUAAUUCAUAAACGGAUACACACAGGUGAGAAGCCGUACAAAUGUGGCCAGUGCAGUUAUGCUAGUGCAGAUAAUAGGGGUCUGCGAGUCCAUAUGAGAAAACACACUGGUGAAAAGCCUUACAGAUGUGACCAGUGUAGUUACACCAGUUCCAAAAAAUCUUCCUUGGGAAUUCACGUAAUGAAACACACUGGUGAAAAGCCGUACAAGUGUGACCAGUGUAGUUAUGCUAGCAGUCGAAAAGAUUAUUUGGGAAUUCACGUAAGAAAACACACUGGUGAAAAACUUUACAAAUGUGGACAUUGCAGUUAUGCCGGUAAUUAUAAAGGUUGUCUGCUACUUCAUUUACAUAAACACAUUGGUGAAAUGUCUUAAAAAAGUUGGCAAGUGUAGUUUCGCUAGUGCCCAAAAAUGUCAUUUGCAAAACCAUGAACGGAAACACACUGUAGAAUAGUUUAGAAGUGGAAUGCCGUGCACAUGGACGUAGAGGUGCUGUUGGGCUAAUUUAGUUAUUUAAGUUAUACUUUUAGUUAGUGUAAUAUAAUGUAGCCGUGGAGAUAGAAUAACGUGAAUAAAAUUUCACGUUUUCUCUAUAGUAAAUGCAUGGAAAAAGUUUUACUUCAUUGUUUUUUUUUUAAUUAUUUUACUUGUGGGAGAACAUCGAGAUAUCUUUAUUUAAAAUAUUUUUUCAUCUCUCCUAUUCGAAAAGUUCACCUUUCAUAGGCUGGGGUGAUUUUUUUUAAAUUUGUACUUGGAGCAACGGCUCACAGCCAUAUAUGCCAUAUUACUCAGUUAAAAGCUCUCAUAGCUUCUGCAUUUUCAGACCGAGUAUUAUCGACAUUAAAUGUCAAAUGCAUUGCAUUAUUAAAAAAAAAAUAUUUGUUAAUAAAUCUAUAGAAAUGAAGAUAACUGUUUAAAAUAUUAUCAUUACAUUACAUUAAUUCUUUCAGUUUAACUUUUUUUUUAAUGUAUGCCCAUACAUUAAGGCCGUUUCAGACAUAUUCCUAUUAAGAUCGGAUUGCCUAUGGUUUUAGUUUUUUUUUUUUCAAUCAAUAUGUAAAUGGCGCCAAUUCCAGUCGGUUAUUCUCUAUUAAUUUGUAUUUUCGAAUUCUUCAAAUUUAACCGUCAACUUUUAACUAAUUUAAUUUUUGUUAGGUAUGCCGUUUACCUAUAUGUAUCUGUGAAUAAUUUGUUCUAAUGAAAUAUACCUAUAAUAAACCUACA